AAGAGCAAUCGGCUGCAAAAUCAAAACAAACUCACGUUGGGAUUCGUCCAGUCUAUUUUUCCACGGGAGAAUCCGGUAAGAAAUGGCCUCUCGUAUUGUUCAAACGCUUCCCAACCAGAACCUGCUAGCCCGAUCGACGGUUUGCUUGCAUCAGCUGUUGUUCCUGCGCCACGGUCACCGUUUGCGGGGCAAACCACCAGGCGUAGCCCGGACGUUGGAGCAACGAUUGGCCGAGGAACGCAUCGUUGAUCCGGAAAUAAGUCGGAAAAUCAACAUCGGAUUCCCUCACUUGAAACCGUCCCGGUCGGAUCAGUUAAAGGAGCGUUUAGCACAUUUGAAAACUCAACGAACCAAUCCGGAACUGGAAAAACAAGCUCGAAAUAAUUCGCUUAAAAUAGAUGCGGAAAAAGUGCGCACGGACUGGCUGAAAACGAGCGGACCAUUUCAGAUCAAAACUCUAGCCGAGCAUUAUGGCAUUUUUGAGCACCUGUUUGGGGCAGCCUAUUUUGUGCCCCGGGUUGAUUUGAAGAUAACUUUCAAUAGUGAUUCGGAAGCGGUCAGUCAAGUCUUCUAUGGAAAUACAAUCAAACCAAGUGAAGCUAUCGGCGAGCCACAGGUUUCGUUCGAUUGGCAGUUUGAUUUCAAGGGACAACCGAGUGGGAAGACCGAGGAUACUUGGUGGACCCUUGUUCUCACAAAUCCUGAUGGGCAUCUUACCGAAGACAAUAAGGAAUACUGCCAUUGGUUUGUUUCCAACAUACCCAAUGGAGAAGUGGCGAAAGGCGAACGUAUUAUUUCCUAUCUGCAACCGAUUCCUCCCAAGGGAACUGGCUAUCACCGAUAUGUUUUCGUUUUGUACAAACAAGACAAGAAACUGGAUCUUAGUUCCUACAAGGUUAGCGAAACGGAAGGCACAGUCGACCUAGCGGCUCGAACCUUCGAAACACUUGACUUCUAUAGAAAGUAUCAAGAUGAUAUCACGCCAGCCGGCUUAGCCUUUUUCCAGUCUGAUUGGGACAAAACCCUGAUCCAGUUCUAUCACGAUGUUCUUAAAAUGAAACAUCCCACCUUUGAGUACGACUUCCCGCGGCCUUUCCUAAGGGACCAGGAGUGGUUCCCGCUGCGGCGGCCCUUCAAUCUGUACAUGGACAAAUAUCGGGAUCCCAAACAGGUGGCCAAGGAAUAUCUGGCCCGCAAACUGGCCAAAACUCAUCCAUUCGAGGGACCCGAGCCGCCGUUGCGAUUCCCCAAUGCUCACCCGGUGCGUGAUGUGCCCUCUUGGUUGCGAACGGAAAUCAAGCGAGAUCGGCGCGGCUGGGGACGAAUCAACGACAUCUAAACAACUGAGAUGGUCGCGUUGGUGUUUGAGUUAUCUGUUGGUAAGUAGAUUGAAGAUUAAUAUAUCGGUUUUAUGAUCCGC